CAGACGACGGGUGACAAUGAUGAGCCCCAAACUCAUCUGCUCCGGCUGGUUUCUGCUGAUCCUGAUUUCCACGCACGACCAAGGAAGGGCCAAACCGAUGACCAACGUACAGGCCUUGUCUAAACUGUUCGAAGAGGACCUCGGGCACCCACUGGGGUCUGAGGAAAGAGAACAAGAGCAGGCUGAGACCCUCCUCACAGGAGCCUUGGAGCAACCAGACGCUCCACUCCCCUGGUCCAGAAACCCCCAGGAGGGGGCCUCCAUUUCAGAAACGGCUCUCCAGCGGAUCUUCAGCGAUCUUCUGGGCUCCUCUCGGAGCUACCAGGGCAGAAGCAAAAAGGGCUUUUCCAAGGGCUGCUUUGGAGUCAAGCUGGACCGGAUUGGAUCCCUGAGUGGGCUGGGAUGCUGAACAGUCAAGA